AGUUAGGCUCAAAGGGAGGACCCUCUGGGAUGCCAUAUGGGAUUCAAACCACCGUCCUUCGGCUUGCAAGGCAAAUGCCCUACUUCCAUGCCAUCUCUCCAGCCUCGUGGGUCUGCCCUUUCUUUGCAAGGGUCGCCGAGUCCCAAAGAUGGGACUUUGCACCCUUCCCAUGCAUCCUUCCCUUAGCCUCUCUGGAGUUCCUUGCAUCCCAGAACAUCACUCCUAACCUCCAUCAAUCUCUUGCAGCGGAUGAAUGCAGUUCCCACUGUAACCUGGCCCACGGUUGCUGCGCACCUGACGGUUCCUGCAGGUGCGACCCAGGCUGGGAGGGACCACACUGUGAGCGCUGUGUGAGGAUGCCCGGCUGCCGGCACGGCACCUGCCACCAGCCCUGGCAGUGCAUCUGUCACAACGGCUGGGCGGGCAAGUUCUGUGACAAAGAUGAGCACGUCUGUACCACCCAGAACCCCUGCCGGAAUGGAGGCCAGUGUGUGUAUGAUGGGGGCGGCGAAUACCACUGUGUCUGCCCCGCCGGCUUCCACGGCCAUGACUGCGAGCACAAGGCCGGGCCCUGUGAGCAGGCAGGUGCCCCAUGCCAGAAUGGUGGGCAGUGCCAGGACGACCAGGGCUUUGCCCUCAACUUCACCUGCCGCUGCUUGGCUGGCUUUGUGGGUCCCCGCUGUGAGGUGAACGUGGAUGACUGUCUGAUGCGGCCUUGUGCCAACGGCGCCACCUGCGUGGACGGUGUUAACCGCUUCUCCUGCCUCUGCCCCUUGGGCUUUGCCGGCCGCUUCUGCACCACCAACCUGGAUGAUUGUGCCAGCCGCCCGUGCCAGCGAGGCGCCCGCUGCUGGGACCGAGUGCAUGACUUCCACUGUCUCUGCCCCAGUGGCUAUGGAGGCAAGACUUGUGAGCUGGUGCUGCCAGCCCCAGAGCCCACCACCGUGGCGGGUCUGCCCUGGGAGCCCACGGCGGCCGCCUUACCACCAGCCACGGGGCCUGUCCCCCACAGCGCAGGCGCCGGCCUUCUGCGCAUCUCGGUGAAGGAGGUGGUGCGGAGACAAGAGGCGGGGCUGGGGGAGUCCAGCCUGGUGGCUGUGGUGGUAUUCGGGGUCCUCACAGCUGCCCUGGUCCUUUCCACCAUACUACUGACCUUGAGAGCCUGGCGCAAGGGUGCCUGUCCCCCUGGGCCCUGCUGCUCCCCCGCCCCGCACUAUGCCCCAGCACGCCAAGACCAGGAAUGCCAGGUGAGCAUGCUGCCAGGGGGACUGUCCCUGCCCCCUGACCUGCCCCCUGAGCCUGGUAAGAGCACGGCACUGUGACGGGGACGGGGACCCUCCUCCACCUCAGACUGCACCAUCCAUCCUCACCUCCCCCGGAGGGGAGCACACACAUGGAAGGGCGCAACCAGGCACCAGAGAGAUUAUUUUUUUUACACACAGAAUGUACAACGGGAAUUUUAUCAAAUAAAACUCAGAAAAACCCA